GACGUUGCGUUAUGACGUCAUAGACAAUACAGCUCGUGGCCUGAAAAACUUCGUCGAAGCUCUGGCUCUGGACGAAAAUGGCGCCAAGGUUAGCAGCGUUGAAGAUCGGCAGAAGUUUGGCGACAGCCAGCCAAGCACGUAGACAACCAGGAGCAGCUCGUAUGUGGAAGUUAAUGAGUUUUGUAGUCGCUUUACCAGCAGUUGCUGCCCUCAUGCUGAAUGCUUUUCUGAAGUCAGCUCAUGAACCUCUUGAAUUUGUGCCUUAUGAACAUCUCCGUAUCCGCAACAAGCUGGUGGUGAGCUGCCUUCUUGAACCCGUGCUGUUUUUGGAAUGCAGGGACACCCUCAAUCCUAUGAGCCUUUUCCUUGGGGCGAUGGGAAUCAUACGUUAUUCCACAACUCGCACGUGAACCCAUUACCCACUGGCUAUGAGAAAUAAUGUAUUAAUUACUGGGAGUUUUAGCUCCACAAUGGAUUCAUCAUUAUAGUGCAUAAUUCAUAUUUACCGUUAUCAUUUU